CUCAAUAAUUACUAUACGUCAUUAGGGAUUCACAUUUCAAAUACAAUAUAAUUCAAGAUUUCUUAACGUGAGUGACUUAUAAUGUAUUGUCCUCUCUAAAUUAUAACGUGCCUGUUUUGUUUUGACGUUCAAAACAUCUAUUCAGAGCAAUGGAUGUCGCUAGAGAAGUGGUUCGCCGUGACAAAAAACUGUCAUUUUCCAACAUGAUUGGCGUUCACCAUGCUAGAACAAGACAGAAGGCCCACGCCUCACAUGGAAAACAAUUAUCUCCUCCGUGGUUUAGAUAUAUUGGUAGAUAUGCAUUUGUUUACGCGCAUGUUCCCUGACUUCAUGCGUUGUGAGGAAGGUUCAUGUAUGUGUUCUAUUGAUAAUGUGGGUGUGUAGCUUGUGUUACAUGACUGCGAGCGAUAUGGAGUAGCCCUAAACAGGAAUGGAAAGAGGCUGAUCAGAAGUGAAGGUUGUUAUGGCGGAUUCAGAGGCAUCACCGCAGAGCGGGGGUUACGAUGUGGAGCUGUUCGUGGACACGCCUGACUACGACCUCAUUUGCACCAUCUGCCAGGGGGUCCUACGAUGCCCCGUGAGAGCCACGUGCCAUCACAUCUUCUGCAAGAGAUGCAUUUUGCAAUGGCUGAAGAGGCAGGAGACAUGCCCGUGCUGCAGAAAGGCUGUCAACCAGAGCGUCAUCUUUGUCAUGUUCAAGCUCAGCAGGUCGAUUGGCCGCAUGAAGAUUAAGUGUAGGAAUGAGAUCCGCGGCUGCUCAGCGACGUUCCCACUCGCGGAACAGUAUUGCCACAGCAUGAGCUGCGUCUACGAGCUCAUCCCCUGCCCGUACCAGGGCUGCCGUGCCCAGCUCCUCCGCCGCGACCUGGACACGCACGCGCGCCACUGCGAACACUGGCGGCAGCCCUGCCACAUGGGCUGCGGCGUUGUGCUGUCCCACCGUACGCAGGCCCAGCACAACUGCUACCGGCAGCUGAGGCAGGAGUACGCCUUGAGGCAGAGGAACCACCGGGCCAUCGCCGCUGCCCUGCAGCGGAAAAUGCGGCGCAUGCAGAGCACCAUGGCCCACAUGAAGAGGCAGAUCGGCCUGAUCUGCGAGAGCCUGGAGGUCAUGGACGACCUGCAGGAAGAGGAGGUGGAGGAGGAGGUGGAGGAGGAGGAGGUGGAGGAGGACCAGGGGGAGACCAGCGGAGGCGCCAGUGCCAGUGGCUCAUGAUUAGGAGGAGGGUUUUCUCUUGGGUUUUGUGUGUGUGUGAGUGAAUAAGCUACAUGUUUGAUGACGUAAAGAAAAGUAUUAAAAAAUACUGUGGUUUACAGAAUUUUUAGAUGGUCUUUCGUGAACUGCCAAUUGUUAAUGCCUCUGUUGCCAUCUUGCUUGUUCACAUUUUAAAAUCAGAGUUUAAUAUUUUGACUGGGGAAAAUCUUGGGUCCUGCUUUUUGUCUAUGUCAAUGAGAAGGAGUUUUUUAUUUGGUACAAGCUUGUAAAGUGGCAUUUGGUAGGUAUAUUGUAUAAAUUGUUUUACCCAACAGAUGUUGAUAGCUGAUUUGUUUGGUGUCCACUUGCAACUAACACAUGGUCAUGCAAUUUACAAUUUUUCCGAUGCCACCUCAGGGGACCUAUAGAACUGGUUUCAUUAUUGACCAUCUUAUUUUUGCACAGUACAGCUUUAAAAGUGAAAUGAUAUGAUAAUAAUGAAUUCCAAUGUCUAUGUGUUUUUUUUAUAAAAAGGAAUCAUACAUUA